UCCAGGACUGCGUAGUGCGCAUGCCUGGGAGAAAGUUUGGCAGUAGUUAGAUAAGCUAGCGAGGUAAACGUGAAAUGGCACAUUACAGAGCAUCAGAGUCAAAGCGGGAGCAGUUCAGGAGGUACCUUGAGAAAGCCGGCGUUCUGGACAGUCUGACUAAUGUGUUGGUGGCAUUAUAUGAAGAGACAGAGAAACCUAACAAUGCCAUGGAUUUUAUAAAGCAGCACCUUGGAUCCGGGGACGACUCCACUGACAUUGAGAGCCUGCGGGUGGAGCUGUCGAAACUGCAACACAAAUACGACCAACUUCUGGAGGAGAACAGGGAACUGAAGAACAAGUUGCUGCAGUAUGAACCAGCCACUGAACACAGAGGAGCGGAAUGAAGAACUAUCCUAUUAUG